GCCCAGUCUGAAAUUAACACUGUUGUAGUAAGUUCGACGAGGCCGACAUACGUCAAAGACAGACCUUCAUUACCUUAUUAUGAAGCUAUCCUUGUAGACAUGCUAAGCUGGAACCCCGUAAUACCACUAUCACAGGUAUGGAUCCCUCAUAUUACGUUAAGUGAGGAUACAAUUCAGGGCUACUUGAUACCAAAGGAUUUGUACUUGCAAUUCGACUACAUUCAGCGAUGGAUCUCACCAACUCUGGCAGGAACAUAG